UUCAUUUACAAGAAAAAUGACACACCUCCGACAGAAAUGCUGAUCAGGCAUGUGACUGUUUGGAUCGAGUUAUGCCAAGUUUAAUUCUCUCAAGCUAUUUUGGAGCAAGUCAGUGGAGUAGUUUAUCCUCUACUCUUUAGGUUCAUUGAAUUGCAUUCGUUAAUGUCUCCAGGAAUUUCAAGACAUUCAUCAUCACAACUGAGGUGGCAAGUUGUUUUGGUCUAAGAUUAUCUGGGUUCAUUUCUGCAAUAAUGUCUUCCCCUGGUAAAGCAGGGGCUAUUUCAAACACAAGGAGAAGACUUUCACGAACAAAAAGCAAGAAAAAACAUUUUGUGCAUCAAAAAGUGGAGAUAUUCUGGGCCAGCGACCCCAUCCUGACGGUGUUUAUGUGGGGCAUCAAUCACACGAUAAACGACCUCUUUCAAGUGCCUAUGCCAGUAAUGCUACUUCCAGACGACUUCAAAGCCAACAUAAAAAUGAAAGUCAACAACCAUCUAUUCAACAAGGAAAACCUCCCUGGACAUUUCAAGUUUAAGGAGUACUGCCCACUAGUGUUCCGGAAUCUAAGAGAGCGAUUUGGAGUUGAACAUCAGGAUUACCAGGUUUCUCUAACGCGUAGUCCUCCAAUUAAGGAAUGCAAGAGUCAGGAACCAGGAUUGUUGCUGACAUCAUAUGACCGCACACUAAUUGUCAAGCAAAUCUCCAGUGAGGAGGUGGAGGAAGUGCACAACAUCCUUUCAGAAUACCACCAGCAUAUUGUCACUUGCCAUGGUAGCACACUACUACCCCAGUUCCUUGGCAUGUACCGGGUCACUGUGGACAAUGAAGAAACAUACAUUUUAGUCAUGAGGAAUAUGUUCAGCCACCGACUAACUGUCCACAGAAAAUAUGACCUCAAGGGCUCGUUGGUUUCUCGAGAAGCAAGUGAUAAGGAAAAGGUGAAAGAGCUGCCUACCUUCAAGGAUGUAGAUUUCAGAAACAACAUGCAGCGAGUCUACAUCAGUGAAGAGGAGAAAGAAAAGCUAUUGGAUAAACUGAACAGGGAUGUAGAGUUUCUCGCACGUUUGAAGAUCAUGGAUUACAGCCUGCUGCUGGGCAUUCAUGAUGUCGGGAGGGCAGAGCAAGAAGAAGAGGUAGAAAUAAAAGAAUCUUUAAGUGAAGAGGAGGAGGAUUCAGAGAAUGACCUAUGCGCUGCAGCUGUGGGGUCUUUAGGCACUUCUCCUGAGGGCAUUGCAGGGUACAUGAGCUCUUAUAAACCUCUUGGUCCAGGAGAGUUUGACCCUUAUGUUGAUGUGUAUGCUAUCCAGAGUGCAGUUGGUGCCCCACACAGAGAAGUAUACUUCAUGGGUCUUAUAGAUAUUUUGACCCAGUAUGAUACCAAGAAGAAAGCAGCCCAUGCAGCUAAAACAGUCAAGCAUGGAGCUGGAGCUGAGAUCUCUACAGUUCAUCCUGAACAAUAUGCCAAGCGGUUUCGAGAAUUCGUCACAAACAUCUUUGCCUAUUGAGAACAUUUUAAAUCUAGUGGACAAAAAAAAAAAAUGUUGAUUGAGAGCUGGUUUGAUUUUCUCAUUAUUAAAUUAUUUCAAAAACAUUAUUUAAUUAUUAAAAUCUUUAGUUUUUACUCUAUAAAUUAUAAAAUUGAAAUUGUAUUUUAGUACUCCAAUGUCUUUAUGGCUUUUAAAUUGAUCCUUUAGUUUCUGAAUAAAAUACAUUUGUUAAAUAAUCAUACGAAUACUAAAACUUUUUUUUACAAUAAAACAUUCAUCUGUAUAUGAAUUGGAUGUGACAACUGUGAAACAUAUGUAUAUAAUAAGAUGUAAAUAAUGUAAUCAAAUUGCUUUUCAAACACUGGGUUAAAAUAUCAGUGAAUUGAAAGAACAGUUAAAAGAACUCAUAUGCAAAAACAUAUGUUUACCACAAUCAUACAACCUACAGAGAUCAAAGAACAUGAAUGUUAAACUGACACCCGUUGCAAUUAAAGGAAAAAAGUUUGCAGUUUGCAUUUAUGGUGUUGUUUAUAAAGGAGAGAUGCACAGCUCAUGCACAGAGAUCCUGAAUGCUCAGAUGAACAAAGCAGAAGACUUUCCCCUGAUACAAGCCAAACUCUUCUCUGAAGAUCUGACUGCACAAUCCUGACUACAUUGAUGCUUCUGUGACAUCAAUGCCACACUCUCUCAUGUCUUCCUCAUAGAAAAUCAGGUGGCCUUUCACAAGCUGCUGGAAAGCCACUUACCCCAGUUUGAGGAUCAUGUCUUUAUCUUUCACUUUCUCUUUAUAGUCCUUCUCAUGUUUGAUGUUGGUCUGAAUGAUUAGGAAGUGUGUGUACAUUUGAGUGAGAGUCUUGGGAAUAUCUCCACUCUCUGCUUCACUC